AUGGCUUCAGAGAGCAAUCUCUGCGUAGUGUUGCACGGCCCCAAUGAUAUGCGGCUAGAGGAACGACCGGUCCCGAAGCCAAGUCGGAAUCAACUGCUUAUUCAAGUACACACCGUAGGAAUUUGCGGAUCCGAUGUCCAUUACUGGACUCAUGGAGCUAUCGGACGUUUUGUUGUUAAGGAACCUAUGGUGCUGGGACAUGAAACGAGCGGUAUCGUGAUCGAUUUGGGUUCCGAAGUACAUGGAUUUCAGAAAGGUAUGAGAUGA